GUCACAUGUCUUGGUAUUUUGGGCAAGUAGAAGAGAAUCUCCUCUAACCUGACUACAUUAACUUAUUCCCGACAUAAAAGGCUAAUCAUCAAUCUCUCAAACAAAGCAUACCUUAUGCGGAAAUGAAGGAACGUAUAUCGCGCUUGAACGGGAUCGUCGCUCGCUUCUUCCGUUUUCUCGAGGGGACGAUUAUAUUACGCAAACCGUUUUUUAGAACAGCGCCGAAGGGAAAUGGCUGAUGUUGUAUAAUCACUUUUGCAUGGCAUUGUCGUUGAUUUCCCGCCAAGGCUUUCUUUUAUAUUUCUCCCCAGUUCUUUUUGGUUCUUGGCCUCUUUCUUUCACUUUUAUUUUUCUUCCUUUGUUUAUCAAAAAGAGUUGUUUUUUCUACAAACAUGGUCGGUGAUUGCUGCUUGAUAAUCAUCAUCUUACUUUUACCUCCUCUCGGUGUCUUCCUUAUGCGCGGAUGCCAUGCUGACUUUUGGAUCAACAUAUGUUUGACGAUCCUUGGUUAUCUUCCUGGUAAGAGAUGUCAUGGCUCGGAUGGAAAAUGAAUGCUAUGACGAUUACAGUAGUGAUUAGCAGGCGUAACGAGGUUAUUUAUUUAUUUCUCUGCGUUUUAUAGGCCAUUUGCACGCGUUUUACGU